UUUCUCCGUUUUUUUUUUGUCCAUUUCGUAACGGAAGUUUCUCCUAACUUUCUUUCUUCUAUGUCAAAUAAAUCUCAUACUAUACUACUUAUAGUAGCAUACUAGCACAGUAAAAACCGUUUUUAAACGAUAACGGUAACAACAACAACAAGAAUAGUAUUGUCUGUUAUUAUGGGUAUACUACAUGAUGAUGUUGUGAUUAUGAGAGAACCAGAGAAAGAAGGUGAAACUACCAUCAUAACGGUUAACUGCCCCGACAAAACUGGUCUUGGUUCUGAUUUAUGUCGCAUCAUUCUCCUCUUUCAUCUCACCAUUCUCCGAGCAGAUGUUUCAACUGAUGGAAAAUGGUGUUAUAUAGUAUUUUGGGUGGUGGGAAAAGAAAAAACAAGGUGGAGUUUGUUGAAGAAAAGACUAAUUGCUGCUUGUCCUACUUGUUCUUCUGCUUCUGGAUUUUCUUAUUUCUGCUCUGAUUUGCAGAAUCAAAAGCCUCCUGAUGUUUUUCUUUUGAAGUUUUGUUGCAAAGAUCGGAAAGGUCUUUUACAUGAUGUCACAGAGGUUCUUUGUGAGUUAGAGCUCACCAUAAAGAAAGUAAAGGUCUCUACCACGCCUGAUGGUAAAGUGUUGGAUUUGUUUUUCAUCACGGAUACAAGGGAACUUCUACAUACAGAGAAGAGAAAGGAUGACACGAUUGAGAAGUUAACAACUGUUUUGGAGGAUUUCUUCACUACAAUUGACAUUGAAUUAGUUGGCCCAGAAACUACUGCUUUUUCUCAACCAUCUUCAUCCCUUCCAAAUGCGAUCACGGAUGUGUUUGAUUUGCAAAGUGGGACUUCUACGUCAGAUUCGGUUUCUAUUGUGAUGGACAAUACAUUGAGUCCUGCUCACACUCUUGUCCAAAUUAUGUGCCAAGAUCACAAAGGUCUUCUUUAUGACAUCAUGAGAACUCUGAAAGACUUCAACAUUCAGAUAUCUUAUGGGAGAUUCUCAAAGAAACCUAGAGGAAAAUGUGAGAUUGACUUGUUCAUCAUGCAAGUUGAUGGGAAAAAGAUAGUUGAUCCGAGCAAGAAGGAGUCUUUGUCGUCACGCCUUAAGACGGAACUACUGCGCCCGCUCAGAGUAGCUGUUGUGAGCAGGGGACCUGAUACACAGUUGCUGGUUGCAAACCCUGUGGAAUUGUCUGGCAAAGGAAGGCCCCUAGUAUUUUAUGAUAUCACUCUUGCUCUCAAAAUGCUUGGACUUUGCAUCUUUUCGGCUGAAGUUGGUAGACAUGUGAUUGGAGACCGCGAGUGUGAAGUGUAUAGAGUCUUGCUUGAUGAAGGGGAGGGCUUAUCUUUUCCAAGGAACAAGAUUGAGAAAGGAGUCUGGAAAAAGUUGAUGGGUUGGGAGUGAUUCAUAUAUGGUUGGUGGCAUUGUUCCUUUUGUAUGUACAUGUGUCCUUGUAUAUAUAACACAGUUACUAUAUAGUUCCUAGAUUUAAACUAGAUGGAUGUAUAUAUAUUGUGUAAAUAGUAAUCUUUGCCACUUACAUAUUUUUUUAGAGGUUUUGUAAAUAUAAUUUGAUGUAGCAGCUAGCAAGUUUAUAAAGCAAAAGUGAAUGAAGAUGAAAUAUUGUAAAUUGGUUA